GGAAAAUUAUAGGUCGUUUCUAAUAUUUUCCUUCGUAAAGAAGAAAAAAACUUCACAUAAACCCCAAUAAGUAAAUCCUAGUUGGUGGUUGACAGGUGGUGGUGAUCCACUGUAAGUAAAAAGUUUUCAUGAACAUCUGAUCCUACUAAUAAGAGGAAUCCUUAGGAGGUAAUUCAUUGUUUCACAAAGUCCUCUCUGAGAAUUUUCAUAGAAGCAAUUGCUCAGGUUAGGUAUUCAAUGGGGGAACAAGAGAGUGUUUCUCUUCUAAAUCCUCCUACUCCAGUCAGUACUCAACCAACAACAGAGAUUGAUCUUGAAGCAGGGCAAAAUCAGUGCAGAAUUUGUCUUGAAACUGAUGAAAGGGGUUUCAUUGCUCCUUGUAUGUGCAAAGGAACGGCAAAGUACGUACACCGUGAAUGUUUAGAUCAAUGGCGCUCCAUUAAGGAAGGUUUUGCGUUUGCUCAUUGCACAACUUGCAAGGCCCAAUACCACAUGAGUGUGCAAAGUACGGUCGUAGAUAGGAAAUGGCGAACGCUGAAGUUCCGUUUCUUUGUCACUAGAGAUAUAUUUUUCAUUUUUAUCUGUUUCCAGCUGGCAAUUGCUUUAUUGGCGUAUUUGGUGUAUCUUGUUGAUGCAUCUCAGAACUUCGCGCUACGCUUGGCCUUGGAAUUUCCUGGUGUAGUUAGCUUCUAUUACAUAUGUGGGGCAUUGCUGCUUUUUGUUUUGGUUGGAUUGUCUGGUUGCUUUCUGACGUGUUUCGACAGUAGAGUGAGAAGUGAUCUAGCUCAGCCAUGUCGACAAUUGACUGACUGUUGCUGCAGCUGUGGGUGUAGAGACCCUCGGUGUCCCGCUGCAUGUUUAGUGUCAUGCUAUCAGGGUUUAACAAGUGCUGGAGAUUGUGCUUGCUUACCAGUUGCUGGCGAAGGAGCGCCGUUAUUUAUCAUUGGUGCAGUGAUUGCACUAGUACUCUUCGCGUUCUUUGGAUUGAUCUAUAGCAUUCUUGUGGCUACAAUUGCUGGGCAAAGAAUCUGGCAAAGGCACUAUCACAUACUUGCAAAGAGGAUGCUGACAAAAGAGUAUGUAGUUGAGGAUGUUGAUGGAUCGGUGACGGAUUCCAAUUGGUCCCCACCUCCUCUUCCACCCGAGCAUGUUGAGCAGCUGAAGGCACUUGGUCUCCUGUAAAUUCACCUGCCUAGUAUCCGAUCUGUCACAAAGAGAAAAUACAUAACAUAGGUUAAAUCGCCUUCUUAAUUUUCUGGUUUUCACUUCUAUGCACUUGCAAUGGUAAUGUAGAAUAUUAUUGAAGGUGGAAUUUAGAAUCUCAUAUGUAAAACUUGCCAUUCAUAUUGAAGUAACUGAAGUUUUCUUUUGUUUUGCUUA